CCAAACCAAAACUACCUUCCCUCUGCAUAAUAUUGGUGUACAGUUCCUCUUUCCCCACUCUUUCAGAAUUCUGCUCCACUACCACUCUCUCCCCCCAGUCACUGUGGAGGAGGUCACAUGGGGCAUCCAGCUAGAAUUCCUUAGAUUUUCAACCUCUCCCUGACUCAGUCUAAUACCUACAGUGCCUUCAGAAAGGAUUCAUACCAUUUGACUUAUUCCACAUGUUGCUGUGUUACAGCCUGAACUCAACAUUUAUUAAAUAUGUUUUUUCUUACCCAUCUACACACAAUACCCCAUAAUGAUAAAGUGAAAAACAUUUUCAAUGUAUUGAUAAUGAAAUAGAGAAGUAUCUCAUUUACAUAAGUAUUCACACCCCUGAGUCAAUACAUUUUAGAAUCACCUUUGGCAGCGAUUACAGAGACUUUCUGGGUAAGUCUCUAAGAGCUUUGCACACCUAGAUUGUACAAUAUUUGCCCAUUAUUAUUUUUUUCAAAGUUCUUCAAGCUCUGUCAAAUUGGUUGUUGAUCAUCGCUAGACAACCAUUUUCAAAUCUUGCCAUAGAUUUUCAAGCAGAUUUAAGUAAACUAUAACUCGACCACUCAGGAACAUUCACUGUCUUCUUGGUGUGCAUCUCCAUUGUAGAUUUGGCCUUGUGUUUUAGGUUAUUGUCCUGCUGAAAGGUGAAUUAAUCUCCCAGUGUCUGGUGGAAAGCAGACUGAACCAGGUUUUCCUAUAGGAUUUUAUCUGUGCUUAGCUCCAUUCCUUUUCUUUUUUUAUUCUGAAAAACAACCCAGUCUUUAACGAUUACAAGCAUACCUAUAACAUGAUGCAGCCACCACUAUGCUUUAAAAUAUGGAGAGCGGUACUCAGUAAUGUGUUGCAUUGGAUUUGCCCCUAACAGUUUUACUUCAGUGCCAUGAUGCAUGUUUUGGAAUAUUUUUAGUCUGUACAGGCUUCCGUCUUUUCACUCUGUCAUUUAGGUUAGUAUUGUGGAGUAACUACAAUGUUGUUGAGCCAUCUUCAGUUUUCUCCUGUCACAGCAUUUAAAUGGUGAAAAUCCCUGAGCGGUUUCCUUUGACUCCGGCAACUGAGGUAGGAAGGACGCCUGUAUCUUUGUAGUGACUGGGUGUAUUGAUACACCAUCCAAAGUGUAAUUAACUUCACAAUGCUCAAAGGUAUAUUCAAUGUUUUUUACCAAUCUACCAGUAGGUGCCUUUCUUUGCGAGGCAUUGGAAAACCUCCCUGGUCGUUGUGUUUGAAAUGCAUUGCUCGACUGAGUGAUCUACAAAUAAUUGUAUGUUUUGGGGUAAAAUCAUCUUAUUGCACACAAAGUGGGUUUAUGCAACUUAUUAUGUGACAUGUUAAGCAAAUUUCUACUUAUUUAAGCUUGGCAUAACUAAGGGGUUGAAUACUUAAUGACUCAAGACAUUUCAGCUUUUCAUUUGUAAUUCAUUUGUAAAAGUUUCAAAAACAUAAUUCCACUUUGAAAUAAUGGGUUAUUGUGUGUACGCCAGUGACAAAAGAUUUUACAUUCAGGCUGUAACACAACAAAAUGUGUAAAAGGUCAAGGGGUGUGAAGGCACUGUACAUGUUUCAAGCAAACCACCAUUGUCCCUGUGCCCAAGAACGCCAAGGUAACCUGUCUAAAUGUAUAUUUCCCUGUAGAUGCGAACGACUCACAAUACCAUCAUUAAUCCAGCAUUAAGUUGGCAGACGACACAACGGUGGUAGGCCUGAUGACUGCUUGGCAUCUGACCGCAAGGCGCUACAGGGGUAGUGCGUACAGCCCAGUACGUCACUGGGGCCGAGCUCCCUGCCAUCCAGGACCUUUAUACCAGGCGGUGUCAGAGGAAGGCCCAAAACAUUGUCAGACUCCAGCCACAGGUCCCACAGUUGACCGUGCAAGUCAGAAAAAAAUAAGCAAUGAGGUCAAAGGAAUUGUCCGUACAGCUCCGAGACAGGAUUGUGUCGAGGCACAGAUCUGGGGAAGGGUACCAAAACAUUUCUGCAGCGUUGAAUGUGUCCCAGAACACAGUGGCCUUCAUCAUUCUUACAUGGAAGAAGUGUGGAACCACCAAGACUCUUCCCAGAGCUGGCCGCCCAGCCAAACUGGGAAAUCGGUGAGAAGGGCCUUGGUCAGGGAGGUGACCAAGAAGCCCUAAUGGUCACUCUGACAGAGCUCUAUAGUUCCUCUGUGGAGAUGGGAGAACCUUCCAGAAGGACAACCAUCUGAAUACUUUAUACUCUCUUAUUCGUUGUCACUAUUUACAUUUUUUAUUUAAAAAAAAAUCAUUUUUUUAAACUGAGUUUUUGGAAAAGGACCCGUAAGUAAGCAUUUCACUGUUCGUCUACACCUGUUGUCUAUGUAACAAAUAAAAAUAGAUUUUAAGACCAAAUCCCAAGGCAAACCUAAUUACAUUCAUCUGUGAGGCCAUAUAGAGGAGAUCAAAUCACCACGCCUUAACCCUUAGCCUGCAAUUUCCACGCCUCUGCGGAAAUCUAAUUAACAUACAAAAAAAAUCCCAAUCAAAAUCCGUCUGUUUUAAGCUAGAGAGAUAUAUUGGUGAAAAGGUAGCAGAGCUCGAGCAGUAUUUGUCAGACAUGAGACAUCCUGAAAAUUGGUCUUCUCACAAACGUCUGUAGUGUAAAAAAACAAAAAAAUCUAAUCUCUCAGAUAUAUGGCAGACACUUCAGAAUAAACUUACUUUAGAUUUUUUUUGGGGGGGGGACUGUUGUUCCAUGUAGUGAAUCUGUUACUCAAUGUGUUAUUAUUGGCUAAUAGCAGUAAUGUUGAAUAAAAAAAAUAUAAAAAAUAAGAUACAUUUUAAGGGUAAAAUCAAUACACUAAAUAGUUGUUGGUAUGACCAUCUUAAAACAAGUCUAAGUGUUAGUUUAGAACCCUUCCCCCAGCUUAGACUCUAGAGGGUUUUAAAGACAGAACUUCAGAUAAUACAGGACAAGCCAUGGUUGAUGUAAUUCAUGUUGAACCAUUUAUUUGAUGCAUAGCAAAAAGUAACGAAACACAAAUUGCAGAAGGAUGUUGUGUGAAAUCACAACUCUGCAAGCUGUGCUGGUCAAGGAUGAGAUGAAUAGAAAGCCCACCCUUGUUUUUCUGUACUUUAUAUCAAGCACCUAAGGAUUAUUGUACAUACACCGGUAUAUCAUUCCCUCCAUUAUAAACUCAGCAAAAAAAGAAACGUCCCUUUUUCAGGACACUUUCUUUCAAAGAUAAUUCGUAAAAAUCCAAAUAACUUCACAAAUCUUCAUUGUAAAGGGUUUAAACACUGUUUCCCAUGCUUGUUCAAUGAACCAUAAAAAAUAAUUAAUGAGCAUGUACGUUCUGUGUGUGAUUUCCUACAAGACCGGCAUGUCAGUGUUCUGCCAUGGCCAGCGAAGAGCUCGGAUCUCAAUCCCAUUGAGCAUGUCUGGGACCUGUUGGAUCGGAGGAAUCCGUCCCUGGCGAGGCCCUGGCAACCCCCAGCCCCUCAGUGAGCCGCAAGCCCUUAGAGACGGACCGCACCACACGAGAGUUCAUCGACUUCCUCAAGACACUGAAACCUGGCAGGGAGAUCUUCAAACAGUGCCGAGCCUUCACAGAGAGCAUGGCCUACAAGAGGGACCUGGGUGCUGAUGAGCUGUCUGAGUGCGUUCAAGACUUCUACCAGAACCUUUCAGACCGCCUGCACACACACUUCAAAGGGUCGUCGGAGCGCGUAGAGAGUGUGAUGGACGAGGUAGAGAGGUACAUGAUGACACGUCUCUACGAGGAGGUCUUCUGUCCUGAGACCACAGACGAUGAGAAGAAAGACCUGGCCAUUCAAAAGAGAAUCAGGGCCUUGCAUUGGGUCACCAUUGAGAUGCUGUGUGUCCCUGUUGAUGAGGAGAUUCCAGAGGUGUCUGAUAACGUGGUCAAAGCCAUCACAGACGUGAUCGAGAUGGACUCGAAGCGUGUGCCCAGGGACAAGCUGACCUGCAUCACACGCUGCAGUAAGCACAUCUUCAAUGCCAUCAAUACCACCAAGAAGGAGGCGGCAUCUGCUGAUGACUUCCUGCCCACCCUCAUCUACAUCGUCCUGAAGGCCAACCCUCCGCGACUGCAGUCCAACAUCCAGUACAUCACCCGCUUCUGUAACCCUAGCCGCCUCAUGAGCGGAGAAGACGGAUACUACUUUACCAACCUGUGCUGUGCGGUGGCCUUUAUAGAGAAGCUGGAUGGCCAGUCUCUGAACCUGAGCGUUGAGGAGUUUGAGCUCUACAUGUCAGGCCAGGCGUCUCCCCAACGUCCCCAGGCUGCCACCUCCCCCGCCUGUAGUGCUGCUUUCAGCCAGAUGAACGAGAGUCUGGACCUAUUGACGGGGCUGGGCGUGAGGCAGGAACGCGUCAUGGAGGGGGCUCGCCGCCUGGAGAGUGACCUCAUCGACUGGAGGGAUGGGGUCGAGCACAAAGUGCAGGAUGUGAUGGAGAGGUUCCCUCUGGAAAUGCACCCGACCGCUCCCCCCACCGCCUCUUCUGCCAUAGAUGCUGACAACGUGGAAAACGACCACCUACCUUCUCCUCUCCAACCCCAGUUGUUUGCCGGCUGACCCCCUCCCUCCCUCCCUCUUUGGACUUGUUACUCUCUCUCUCCACCCUGGAAAGUGUCUCCUGUCCUUAUGCACAUAUAGGUUCCUUCUAAUGGAUCCAAGAAAUAUAACUCCAACCUUCCCCAUUGUAUGCACACUUAAAAUAGAUGCUUGCAGUCGCCUGAACCCCAGUACUCCGAAAAAGCAAAAUUUCUCGUCUGUCUUCCCCACUGAUUGGUAAGAGGACAAGAUGAGUUGCAGGCAUAUUACCUUCAUCUAUGGUCAUGAAGGAAAGGAGAUGAGGAAAGGAAGCUUUAAGAGUAUUGGGACACAGAUCAUUGAUCUUGCCCUCCUUUGUCCCCUAUAUUACUCCUCCUGACUGAAUCCAAGUCAGAGUACAGAAGCCCAAGCGAGAGGGAUCUGUUGGGGUCAAGUGAGUGUAUGUGACCACGACCAAAUUUCCCCUGAAGAUGUCUAUAAGUGUGUGUGUGUGUGUGUGUAGUUUCAUUUCCCUGCCAAACCUGAUCAGUCAUGCGCUUAGUUUGAGGAAGUUAUUUUAUUUUUCUAUUGUUCAGGCUAUAGUCUUCUGAGAGGGGAUAAUGAUCUUUAACCUAUUAAAAUGGCUAGAUUGAUACUGUAGCUCAAAGUUUACAUUUUGUCUGUAAGAAAUACGUGAUUUGCAAUUCAGAGUAUAGGAGAUACUAACAGUCACUUCUCUCUUUGGCCUUGUUUGACUGCUGAACAGCUGCUUCUUCAGAAGAACAGAGAAAGGGGUCAUAUUUAGAAUGGUUAUAUCUAAGAAGAGUACUUUUAGUAAGUUCUUUAUAUUAUUUUACAGUGAUGUAUAUUUUUUGUACAAAUGUAUUGGGGGUAAAUGUUGCCAAACAGAAUAGCCAUAACAAUGUUGAUCUCAGCUCCAUGUAGUAACCAUUCAUUCUGGAUCAGAUGGAUAUAUGAAGGAAGAGCAGACAUUGAGUUGAAUGAGUAGUAUCUUUGAUACAACAGAAAGGUCAAUUUACAUACUACCUAAUAUAUUUUCUGUUCUUUUAUCAUGUUUCAUUUUAUUACAUUUGUAACUAUCAGAACAGUGUACAAAUGCUGGCCAAAUCCUGGUUGCCAAAAUCCAUUAAAUCCAAUUUAAACACUAACUGAAAUAACUAGGCAUUGAAUAGCACACGGCAAUCAAUGAUCAGUUAUUUUUGAAAGAAAUGGUAAAAAAAUAUAUAUAUAUAUCACACACACACAUACAUCUGUACAACCUUGUAGGUUUGUUUUUGUAUGUUGAAGGAGUAACUCAACAUUGUCUUGUAUUUUAAUGUAACUUAUUGAGACAGUUUUGUUUUAUAGUGUCCAUGGGUUUGUGUUGAUGAAUAAAAUAACUCAAAAGCU